GCUUCAAGCCGUCAAGAAGAUGAGCAAGUUGUUCUUGUCAGAACAGAUCAAAGUGGAAGGGCAUGGCCUGUGACCACACCCUCUGAACCACAGGAGCCAAAAGGAGGACGGAGAAAGCGACAGAUGGUCCCUACUCACAUAGAUAAAGAAAGAGUAAGGUUUUUUCAGGAUGAUGAUAGUAUGAGCCUGAAGGAUUUGGUUGAAAAUGAGAAGAUGAGAACAGCAGAGGAUCAAAACUCACUGUUCAUGCGUAUGGCGUCAAAGUUCAUGGAAAAAACCGACAGAGAGUACUACACUCUGGAUGACAUGUUUGUUUCUGAAGCAGCCAAAAGAGCGCGCAGUGGGGAAAUGGGAGAAAUACAAAGAAGAAAAGCAAUACAAGAGCACCAGCGGCUUGCUGCACGCAUGGAAAAGUGCCCAUACUGCUUUGAAAGCAGUGAACUUUCUAAACAUCUUAUUAUUGCAAUUGGCACCAAAGUAUACUUGUCUCUACCAAGCAACCAGUCCCUUACUGAAGGUCACUGUCUGAUAGCCCCUCUACAGCACCAUACUGCAGCCACUCUUUUGGAUGAAGACAUCUGGGAAGAAAUCCAGAUGUUCAGAAAUGCACUGGUGAAAAUGUUUGAAGCUAAAGACUUGGACUGUGUGUUUCUAGAAACAAACAUGAGUAUGAAGAAACGGUAUCACAUGGUAUAUGAAUGCAUUCCUCUUCCAAAAGAAGUAGGAGAUAUGGCUCCAAUCUACUUUAAGAAAGCUAUAAUGGAGUCUGAUGAAGAGUGGUCCGUAAACAAGAAGUUAAUUGAUCUUUCUUCAAAAGAUAUUCGUAAAUCUGUUCCUAAAGGAUUGCCGUACUUUUCUGUGGACUUUGGCCUUCAAGGAGGAUUUGCUCACGUCAUUGAAGAUGAACACAAGUUCCCUCAUUACUUUGGAAAGGAAAUAAUUGGUGGCAUGCUGGACUUGGAACCGUGGCUCUGGAGAAAAGGAAUCAGACAGAAUUUUGAGGAUCAGAGGAAGAAGGUGUUGCAGUUUGCACAGUGGUGGAAACCAUAUGACUUUACCAAAAAGAAAGAAUGAGUACAUCCCUGCAGUCAAUGACAUAUAUAUAAGCCAUAAAUUAUAUUAAAGGAUAUUUCAUAUGUUGAGAAUAAUACCAGCAUGUUUUGUAUUGCUAAUAUAUAUUUUAAAACCAAGGAUAUUGUUUAAUUGCUGAUUACCUGUUUCUGGUUUACACAGUGUGUGGAUCACAUGAACCUGCAAGCCUGACAAACCAGAAGUGUACAGUGUUUUUAGUUUUUCAUUUUUUAGCUGAGCCAAAAGAAAAAUAUCCAUGUGGCUAUUGGAAUCCUUCAAAAUGUAGCUUCUGCUUUUGGAAUUUUUAGAAUCUUUGAGGGGAGUGAUUUUUUAUUUUUUUUAAUUUUUUUUUUUGUAUAGCAUAGAGCCAGUGCUUAGUUAUCAGUGAUUCUUUUUGUAGAAAAUGGUGUAAAUUUUAAGGAUGUUUUGAUUAAUACAAAUACAUUGU